AUGGCUCCAGGCACGGGUCGCGAUUUUAACUGUUCCUGGGAGCACUGCGGGAAGUCGUUCAAUCGCAAAUCGGAUCUCUGUAGACAUUAUCGAAUACAUACCAAUGAGCGACCCUAUCAUUGCAACGUCCAAGACUGCAACAAGAGUUUCAUCCAACGCAGUGCGUUGACUGUGCAUUCCCGGACACAUACCGGUGAAAAACCUCAUGUCUGUGAUCAUGAGGGCUGCCACAAAGCAUUUUCCGAUUCAUCAAGUUUAGCCCGCCAUAGAAGAAUUCAUACAGGAAAACGACCCUAUAUCUGCCAGGAGCCCGCAUGCGAACGAAGCUUCUGUCGCAAAACCACCUUGACCAAGCAUCAACAUCGUUCUCAUCCGUCGGGGGCUAUGACUCGACCGCCGUCGGAAGAUACAUCCUCAGAACAUUCCUACCAAGCGCCCGUCAGCAUGUCGAUAUCGAAUGAGCAGUAUAUCCUGCCACAGCAACCAUAUUAUGCCCAGUCCGUGACACCCAGCCACGACUUUUACCCACCACCGCAACAACAGAACUUACCAAUGACCCAGAUGGUCCCCGAGUCGCAGCCGGCACCGCCGCCCCUUGUGACUCAGAACGUUGCGGUUUCGCCACCUUUGGAGAUGCAGCAGAUGCAGCAACAGGUGGAGCAACAGUAUCUACAGUUGAUGCAACAGCGGUACGAGGCAAAUCGCGUCGUGAACUAUGUGCCGCCAGCGCAAGCAUAUCACCAGCCCGCGCCAUAUGCGGGACAGCAGCCGAUGACGGAGACGCAUCCACUCAUGAUGUCGACGUAUCUUCCCAGCAAUUAUGAGUACAAGCCACCGAUGCGAAUGCUGGACCAGCCGGAAGGAACGGACUGGAGGUUUUUGGGAGUUGGCUGA